UCCCUCUCCCUCUCUCUCUGCGUCUCCCGCAUCCACGGCUUCCACGCCCCGACACCCCGCACAGCGACGCGCCAGAGGGCGACAGCUCAGUCAGUCAUUCAUUGAGAUUCGCCAGCCGCCCGCCGCAGCUGCGGGAUCGCCAGUCGCCAGGCGGAGGAGCCGGCGCCGCCGUCGGGGGGGCCGAGGCACAAUGCCGGCCUGUUCCGGAGCAGAUCGGGCUGGGUCUGCUGCUGCUGCUGCUGCUUCUUCUUCCUCGGGCUAAUACCCUGGACCGGCGGCCUCUCGACCCCGCGCCGGAUUCGGCCGGAAGGCUGGAUCUUGAGGGCGAAUGGUGGAGGAGCGAGGCGGCCGGCCGUCCGUCGCUGGAUUUCUUCCUGCUAGCGAAAGAGGAAUGAAGAGCUGAUGGGAAAGAUUGGUUUCUAGUGUUGGACCAAUUUGCUUCCACAAAUUUCAACCAUGCAAGAUCAUAUACUUAUAGCUUUUCUGGUUGUUUCUCUCCUCUUUACAUGCCUUCCUCAUGCCAAGAGUGCUGAUCUGAACUCUGAUAAGCAAGCUCUUCUGGCAUUUGCUGCCUCGCUGCCACAUGGCAGGAAGCUCAACUGGAGCUCUUCAGCCCCUGUCUGCACUUCAUGGGUUGGGGUGACUUGCACACCAGACAAUAGCCGUGUGCAAACACUACGCCUACCAGCAGUAGGGCUCUUUGGUCCGAUACCCUCUGACACGCUUGGCAAGCUUGAUGCUCUGGAGGUACUGAGCCUUAGGUCCAAUCGCAUCACAGUUGAUCUCCCACCUGAAGUAGGAUCCAUUCCUUCUCUCCAUUCCCUAUAUCUUCAGCAUAAUAACUUGUCUGGAAUCAUACCGACUGCCCUUACUUCCAGUUUAACAUUUCUAGAUCUGUCAUACAACACUUUUGAUGGAGAAAUCCCAUUGAGAGUGCAAAAUCUCACUCAGCUUACUGCAUUGCUUCUCCAGAAUAACUCUCUUUCUGGGCCCAUCCCUGACCUCCAACUCCCCAAAUUGAGACAUUUGAAUUUGAGCAACAAUAACCUCAGUGGGCCAAUACCACCUUCCUUGCAAAGAUUCCCAACCAGUUCCUUCUUGGGGAAUGCUUUUCUAUGUGGGUUUCCAUUGGAACCUUGCCCUGGGACUGCACCUUCUCCUUCUCCAACAUCACCAACACCAGUCAAGACCAAGAAGAAUUUCUGGAAAAGGAUCAGAACUGGUGUCAUAAUUGCAGCAGCGGCUGCAGGAGGGUUAUUAUUGCUAAUCUUGAUUGUUUUACUCCUGAUAUGUAUUUUCAAGAGAAAGAAACACACAGAACCUACUACAGCUUCCGCAUCAAAAGGAAAAACUAUUGCUGGUGGAAGGACAGAAAACACUAAGGAAGACUACAGCAGUGGUAUUCAGGAAGCUGAGAGGAAUAAAUUGGUUUUCUUUCAGGGCUGUUCAUACAAUUUUGACUUAGAGGAUUUGCUGCGAGCUUCAGCUGAAGUCCUUGGAAAAGGAAGUUAUGGAACUACCUAUAAAGCUGUUCUUGAGGAUGGCACCACAGUUGUGGUCAAGAGAUUGAAGGAGGUGGUGGUGGGGAAGAAGGAUUUCGAACAGCAGAUGGAGAUAGUUGGCAGGGUUGGCCAGCACCAAAAUGUUGUUCCAUUGCGUGCUUACUAUUACUCCAAGGAUGAGAAGCUACUGGUGUAUGAUUAUGUCCCAUCUGGUAGCCUUGCUGCUGUUUUGCAUGGGAAUAAAGCCGCAGGAAGAGCUCCAUUGGACUGGGAAACGAGGGUAAAAAUCUCUCUCGGCGUAGCUCGUGGACUUGCUCAUCUCCAUGCCGAGGGAAGCGGGAAGUUCAUCCAUGGCAACCUCAAAUCAUCCAACAUCCUUCUGUCACAGAACCUCGACGGCUGUGUCUCUGAAUUUGGCCUGGCACAGCUCAUGACCAUCCCACCAGCACCGGCGCGCCUCGUCGGAUAUCGCGCACCGGAAGUCCUCGAGACCAAAAAACCAACCCAGAAGUCUGAUGUCUACAGCUUCGGUGUGCUGGUCCUUGAAAUGCUGACAGGAAAGGCUCCUCUGAGGUCUCCUGGGCGUGAGGACUCCAUUGAGCACCUCCCUAGGUGGGUGCAGUCUGUGGUCCGGGAAGAAUGGACCGCGGAGGUUUUCGACGUCGACCUGCUAAGGCAUCCAAACAUCGAGGAUGAGAUGGUUCAGAUGCUCCAGGUCGCAAUGGCAUGCGUUGCCAUUCCCCCUGAACAGCGGCCGAAAAUGGACGAGGUGAUCAAGAAGAUCUUGGAGAUCAGGAACUCCUACUCGGGGUCAAGAACGCCACCGGAGGAGAAGCAGAAGGAUUAGUCUGAGCAAAGGGUAGCUGCUAGCUAGGCUGCAUAGUUACUUGCUUAUAGGGAGCUUCAGCAAAGUUGAUAGCCGCUUGCUUUAGUGAGAUUUUCUGCUGAUUUCUGAUCCUUUCUUAGCUAAUUUUUUUUCUUUUUUGGGGUGUAAUUCUCAUAGUAGUGAUCUGUUGGCCAUUACCCAAUACCCAUUGUUCCAUUCCGGUUAAAUCAGUAGCUUUUCUGAUUUUUCAUAGGGCGAUAUUCUGCUGUAAUUUGACAUGUCUUUUCCAGUGUGUGAUUAAUGAAUUGAGUUUUCCUCA